ACUCGCCUGGUGUCGGAAAGUGCAUGUGAAAUAGUUAUAUCGGAUUAAUAUAUACAUAUAUAUAUAUACAUAUAUAUCCUCUGCAAUGUCGGCACUCUUAAACGCCACGGCCCAGACCCUGGCCGGCUCGCAGUUUACGUUCCAAACGACGGACUAUAUAGUUUUCACUUUCAUGCUGAGCAUAUCGGCGGCAAUUGGUGUUUAUUUUGGAUUCUUUGCCAAGGGCGCCGAUACCACGGAUGAGUAUCUGAUGGGUGGCAAACGCAUGAAGACGCUGCCAAUCGCCAUUUCAUUGGUGGCCAGUCAACUGUCGGCCAUUUCCAUCAUGACCAUUCCGGCGGAGAUGUUCGCCUUUGGAUUUAACUGGUUCUUCAAUGUGGCCUCUAUGCUGGUGGUUAUACCCCUUCUCAACUAUGUGAUAAUACCUGUGUUCUACAACAACAACAUCACCAACUGCUACGAGUAUCUGGAGUUGCGCUUUAAUAGUGCCACCCGCAAGCUGCAAACAUUUAUUUUCGUGCUGACUCUAUUCUUCAUGCUGCCAAUUUUUAUAUUUCUGCCAUCCCUGGCUUUUGCGCAAGUAACUGGCUAUAAUGUGCACAUUAUCAAUGCGAUCGUUUGCAGCAUCUGCGUCUUCUACACAAUGAUUGGCGGCAUUAAGGCAGUCGUCUGGACGGAUGUGGUGCAGGCAAGCAUUAUGGUCGUAUCAGUGGUGCUGGUGGGCAUCAUGGGUGCCCAACGAUUGGGCGGCCUUGGCGAGGUGUUGCGCAUUGCCGGCGAGGGCGGCCGCUUGAAGGUCAACUACACAUUCAAUCACACGGAACGUUCCACGUUCUGGAAUGUGUACUCCUCAGCUGUGAUAGCUUGGACCAGCUAUGUGGGUCUCAAUCAGAGCUGUGUGCAACGCAUCGUUUCGCUGCCAUCGCUAGCAAAAGCCAGAAGAGCUCUGGUACUCUUCGGUCUGGGCUUUGUGAUCAUCAUGAGCUUUAAUUGCUUUACGGGCAUCGUGAUGUAUGCUCGCUACCAUGACUGCGAUCCCAUUGCCCAGGGCCUGGUCAGCAAGCUGGACAAAAUGGUGCCAUAUUUUGUACAGGAUAUUAUGGGUCAUCUGACCGGAAUGCCAGGCGUCUUCAUCUCGUGCGUCUUCAGCGCUGCGCUGAGCACACUUUCCGCCAGCAUCAAUUCGCUGAGCGGCAUUGUUUACUUUGACUACAUCAAGCCCCACAUACACCAUACGGAGCACAAGGCCAAUGUCAUCAUGAAGCUGUUUGUCUUCUUUUCCGGCGUCUAUUGUAUAUUUGGCGGCAUGGUCGUGGAGCAGUUCAGCUCCAUACUGCAGAUUAUCUACUCCAUUGGCGGCGUUAGCUUUGGCUCGGUGUGCGGCGUUUUUCUGCUGGGCAUGUUGGUGCCCAGGGUACAUGGUCGGGCGGCUCUUGCUGGCGUCAUUGGAAGCAUUGCGUGCAUGUCCGUCAUUGUGGUGGCCAGUUGGGGGCGCAAUCAUUACCCUACCAUGCCUACUACUGUAGACAACUGCCCGGGCCUGAAUGCCACACUAACCACGACCACAUCAGUCCUUGCCCGCCUGAAUGCCACGAUCAAGGUGGAAGCCGUAAAAGACUCUGGUUUCAACAUUUUGGAUAUGUCCUUCAAUUGGUAUGCAGUGCUCGGAGUUAGUAUCACCUGGUUUGUGGCCGUAACGCUCAGUUAUGUGCUGAAACCGGCAUCGAAUGCCAAGCUGGAUCCGAAGCUACUGUCGCCAAUAAUACAGUCAUUUGCCCAGUAUGAGCCGACGCCCCUUGAAGAACUACCAGAUCUGAAGAUCGAGAAACAGGAAGAAAAGAUAAAGGCAUAAAAAUUCUGUUAGAGCUUUUACAAAAAGUGAUUAUCUUAAUUAGUAUUAUAUACUACCCAACUGAAGCAUCAUAAACAACUUGGCAAGCAUACAACGAUCAUAA